AUGGCUCCCAAAAAAGCACAGAAAAACACAGAUGAAGUUGAACAAGAACAAGAUGUGAAUGACAAUGAAGCACAGGCACAGAACAAUAAUCAAAGUAAAAAAACACCGAGUGGAAAGGAAGGCUCGUCCGUCAAAGCUGGUAGCAGUAGUGGAAAAGAAGGCUCGUCCGUCAAAGCUGGUAGCAGUAGUGGAAAAACUGGUGCAUCAAUUCGGAAAAGAAAACCGGAAGCACAAACGUUGGAAGAAGAUGCUGCGUUAUUCAUUCAUCCGAAAACAAAACCAGGUGCACAACAGGCUGGUGUGGAUUCGGCAGAAGACGAUGAUGAAGAAGAGCAACAGAAGAAACCAGCAGCAAAAAAGCAAAACAAAAGAGCAAAUUCGUCGGAUAAUGAUAAUCAAGCAGCAUCAAGUCGCACUGGAAAAGGAAAAAAACAACAAAAGAUCGACGAACAAGAAGAAGAAGGUUCUGAUAAUGGUAUUAGUGGCGAUGCAGCGGGUUCAGCGAAAAAGAAAACCAGUGGUACAGCUGCAAAAUCGAAACGCGCCGGUGCAAAGAAAACUGAUAAUGAAAGCGACGAUGGAGAACAACAGAGUAAUGAUGACGACGCAGAAGAAGAAGAAGAAGAAGAAGAAGCACAACAACAAGGAAAAAGUGCAUCAAGCAAGAAAACGGGUGGCGCUAAAAGUGGAAAAAACCAAGGACGUGGCGGAAACAAGAAGAAGUCGUCGGGUAACGAACCGGAAGAAGAAAAUGUUGACGAUGACAAAGAAGAAGAGAAUGCGGAAAAUAAUAAAGGUGCUGGUGGAAAAGGUGUGCAAAAGAAAAAAUCAGCAACAGCAGCGAAAAAACCUGGCAGACCACCAAAAAAAGCUUCUCCAUCGGCAAGUGAGAAUGAACAAGAAUCACCAGUCAAGAAUGUCGACUUAAGCGAAAAGUCUGAUGAUGAUGAACAGAAAUCUAGUACAGGAAAAGGUCGUCAACCAACAAAACGAAAAGCUUCAGCAACUAAAAAACAGCAACAAGAUGAUGAGGCGCCAUUCAAAGAUAAUACCAAUGAAAGAGAUGAUGAUGGCGAACAAUAUGGAAGUUCACCAGCCAAACAAAAGAAAACGGGACGUGGAGCUGGCGGUGGUAGUGGUCGCGGUGGAAAAAAGAAAACAACCGCAUAA